CGUAAUUGCUUCUGCUGAACUGCUACAAGUACGUAAACAACAACAAUAUCCCCACCAGUUGGCAGUAUCAAUUCGCGGCCUUCAAUUAACAUUACUCAGUUUGAAAUAACCAGUCUAACACGAUGUAGAGUCAAUGGCCAAUCUUACAAACGACGCAUGCAAAGUGAAUAAAGAAACGAGUGACGACAAUGUGUUAUCGGUACACCCAAUUGUUAUAGACGCGGUAAACACUUCCGUUGUUCCUCGUUCUUCAAGUGACAGUUCGGAUGAUGAGGACGACGAUGAUAGUGAAGAGUGUGGGUACCAACUGGACGUGCGAAGUAAUGGAUUAACACCAGGUUCGACUGUGCAGAUCGAGAAUUCAUCUGACGUGGUUAUCGGUCCAGUGACACAGUUUCAUGGGCCGGUAACUAUCUAUCAAAAUGUACGGGCGGAAGCCCAACAACUUCCGCAAAUCGCGCAGAAGAAGAGCAGUCCAGAAAAAUCGAAUCUCGACGACAACAGUUCUCCGAAAAAGUAUUCGCUGAUAAAGGUAUUGGAGAAGUCGCCCACCAAACGACUGUUGCUUUACUCAUUUCUAGCCCUUAGUACGUUCACUUUAAUCGUCUUUGGCAUAGUAUGGUCCUUGAAAAUGUUCGACAAGACGGACACGAACUCCGAAUCUACUCCGAAAGAACGUGAAGAGACUAUCAUUCGAAAUAGUACAACUUACACAAAAGAGGAAUGGAGAGGAGAACCGGCUUCCGGAGAAAUAGCACGGUUAAGUCUUCCCGUUGAGUACGUUGUUGUCGCACAUACCGCCGGGUCGUUCUGUGAAUCGUUCGCGGACUGUUCUUAUAUCAUUCGUAACAUACAACAUCUGCAUAUGCAGAAGCAUAAAGACAUUUGGUACAAUUUCCUAAUUGGUGGUGACGGUGCUAUCUACUUUGGUAGAGGAUGGAACUUGAAGUCUACAAGCGGAGACAAUGCGAUCAUUGUAACCUUUAUUGGAGAAUUUCAAAGACGACACCUGACGUCGGGCAUGGUAUCGGCUCUGGAGCAACUAUUGGCUUCUGGGCUUAGUCUGCAGAAAUUGGCUAGUGAUUACAAACUGGUGGGCCAUAACCAGACCAAACCCACAGAGAGUCCUGGUGCUAAUGCGUAUGAAAGGAUUUCGAAGAUGCCUCAUUUUUAUGGGGGCGGUGUUAAACUUAAGCAAAGUGUUCAAUGACAUUUCGCAGGUACGAAGACCAUGAGGGAAAUGGCUUAUGUUUCUGUUGUAAAUAACAACAUCCUUAAAACCACAACAAUAAAAGCGACGAAAUUUUCAAACUCAA